AUGACCUCGGCAUCCAAAGGAAUUCUCCGCCCAUUUUUAAUCGUCUGCAUUAUCCUGGGCUGCUUCAUGGCAUGUCUGCUCAUUUACAUCAAGCCCACCAACAGCUGGAUCUUCAAUCCGAUGGAGUCAGCCAGCACUGUGCUGAAAAUGAAAAAUUUCUUCUCCACCAAAACUGAUUAUUUUAACGAAACUACGAUUCUGAUUUGGGUGUGGCCAUUUGGGCAGACCUUUGACCUUACAUCUUGCCAAGCAAUGUUCAACAUCCAAGGAUGCCAUCUCACGACGGACCGGUCCCUGUACAACAAAUCGCACGCGGUUCUGAUCCAUCACCGAGACAUCAGUUGGGAUCUGACUAAUUUACCUCAGCAGGCGAGGCCACCCUUCCAGAAAUGGAUUUGGAUGAAUUUGGAAUCACCAACUCACACACCCCAGAAGAGCGGCAUUGAGCAUCUGUUCAACCUGACUCUGACUUAUCGCCGCGACUCAGAUAUCCAAGUGCCUUAUGGCUUCUUGACGGUGAGCACAAACCCCUUCGUGUUUGAAGUGCCAAGCAAAGAGAAGUUAGUGUGCUGGGUUGUAAGUAACUGGAACCCUGAGCAUGCCAGGGUCAAGUAUUACAAUGAGCUAAGCAAAAGCAUUGAAAUCCAUACCUAUGGGCAAGCAUUUGGAGAGUAUGUGAAUGAUAAAAAUUUGAUUCCUACCAUAUCUACUUGCAAAUUUUAUCUUUCCUUUGAAAACUCAAUCCACAAAGAUUACAUCACAGAAAAGCUCUACAAUGCUUUUCUGGCUGGCUCUGUGCCUGUUGUUUUGGGGCCAUCUAGGGAAAACUAUGAGAAUUAUAUUCCAGCAGAUUCAUUCAUUCAUGUGGAAGAUUAUAACUCUCCCAGUGAGCUAGCAAAGUAUCUGAAGGAAGUAGAUAAAAACAAUAAAUUAUACCUUAGUUACUUUAACUGGAGGAAAGAUUUCACAGUAAAUCUUCCACGAUUUUGGGAAUCACAUGCAUGCUUGGCUUGUGACCAUGUGAAAAGACAUCAAGAAUAUAAAUCUGUUGGUAAUUUAGAGAAAUGGUUUUGGAAUUAA